AUGCAAUCGUCGAAAGAGUCGGUCAAAGUCGAGAAGUGCGCGGAUUCGACGACCGAAGACGAUGAUAUGAGCACCGAGGAGAGCUCGUCGAAGAGCGGCGAGCUGAAGCGACCCGAUCUGAAAGGCUCGUUUCGCUGCUCGAUCUGCUCGAAGGUGUUCUGCCAUUCGUCGAGUUUGUCGCGACACCGAAUGCAGUCGCAUUUCAAGACCUACAAGUGCACAAUAUGCCGAAAAGAUAUUUCAAACAGCGAGACCCUUCGAAGCCAUAUGUUCAAUAGCCAUCACGUCUCUCGAAUGUACAUGUGCCGCUGCUGUAAUUGGGCAUUCCCUGAAAAGGCACUUCUCCAUAUUCACCUACAAUCGGCCAGUGAUGCCACACGCGGUUCGGUCAUCAAUCGCACCUAUCAUCCAUGUGUCAGCGAUCCGUAUUCCGUAGUGUUCAACUCGCAGCCGGUUGCCACUAGUCCGAUGAUGGUCGGCAGUUUUCAAGAAGCUCCGGCAACACCGCCAUGGCUCGCCUCGCUGCCGAAACCGAUACCCACAACAAUUCCAUUGUUCGCAUGCGACACAAAAUGUGGAAGUGAGAAUGAGCGAACGUCAUCGGAGUCGCCAGAAUGCUCGACGAGCAGCAUCAAAUCCGAACAAAGCGCUUUCCAUCAAUUGAAGGCUGACUCGCCAAUUAUUUCGCCCGUCCAGACUGUGUCGCCAUCCUCGAAUUCGGAAAUUUCGGCAAUUAGUCCGAAGAAUGAAUGCUAUGAUUGUCAGAUUUAUAAAACGAAACUAUCGAUAUCGGAAAAUAAAUGCAAAUAUCUCGAAUCUCGCUCCAAUAUUCUACAAAAUGAAGCAAUCGAUUCUCAAACUCAUGUUACCAGUUUGGAGCACACAAUUCAUCGGCAACGCUUGGAAUGCCAGCUGCUCCGUGAGCACAAUGAGCUUUUCCAAAGAAAGUUGCUCGAGUGUCAGAGUCUCGCUGUUCGAUUCCUACAAGCUGGUAAGAUAGAGAAUCCCUCUGAUAUCACUGCCGUUCUGAAUCAUAUUGUUAACGCCACCAUAAUUACCUCAUAA